CAUCCCCAUUUCCAACAAAAAGGUCUUUUGUUCUUUUCCGACAGGAAUUCACGAGCUAACUGUUUGAUUUUUGACAUUAGAAGAAAGCAAGAGGCACAGAGUCACAGUACUACACUACCCCUAGCUAGCUCACUCAUCAAUUUCACUUCUAAAAGUGCAGACCAGACCAGAAUAAUCCGCAGUGAGAGCAUGCAUUUCAAUCCGACAUUCCGCAGGAUGGACCAACUGCAACAGGCCUUCGUCGUUGUCUUCGUUUUAAUCCUCGGACACUCCGCCGGUCGGGAUCUCCGUCCUUCGGACCACGGUUUGGCCUACCAAGAGGAAUCUUUCCCGCCGACACAAAACGGAGACGACGACUCGCAGAAAAUGCGGUCGUUCUUCGGCGCGGCGGCGACGGUGCAGCUGCCUGAGGCGAAGAAUAUCGCCGAUGCACUGCGGAGCGCUGGCGCCGAGAGAGGGGGAGCACGUGACGCGGGGGGAGAUCACGUGAGGCUAGGGUUGGUGGUGGCCAGUGCGGUUUGCGGAUUAACCGGCGUCCUUUUGCUAGCUGUAUCCGGCGUCGCUUUCCUGAUACGCCGGGGGAAAGCUGAGAUACCGCCGUCCACGUCAGCACCGGCGACGGAGCCAGUUAAGGGUAGUGGUUAGUGUCGGAGAAUUAUUAAUCCCUUAAUUGAUGUCGUAAAAUUAUUGGACUUGCGGUUCUAUUUAUGCAUUUACUAUUUUGCCCCCGGA